CGCCACCAGAGUCGUUGUCGACCCUCAUGUUCUCUUCAACAACUGACAAGUGUUAAUUCGCCGUUCUCUCCUGUACCACCAACUGCUGGUCUCUGAAGUUGGCGCGUGCAGCAGGCUUUAUGCCUUGUUUUCCUCUUGUUUCGUUUUCUUCAUAGUUCUUGCGCCUCUAUGUAACAGUCCGAGAUACCAAGCUCGAGCGGCACAAAGGACGGAGAGAUGCAAGCUACCAAGCUUACAGGACAUAGCGACAUGCCGGCAGGGACAGAAAACAGCAGCACCCUCGAGUCACGGCAGAGGUCUCCCGAUGAUAGGAGCGCGACAGCUAAUUUACCAACCAGUGACGCGACCAUUAUCGGAAGGAAGCGGAAGUUGUCCGAUCAGGAUGAGGGGCCCACUUCAACCCUCUCCGAGACGGCUGCUACAGCCAGUGUCAAGAAGACCAAGCUGGCCGGGGGAAGCAACGCUCAAUCGUCACCAAGCGGCUGCCUCUGGAAGUUGGACAAAUCCCUCUUGCCCUCUGAGGUCUGGCACCAUAUCUUCACGUUCUGUCCGCCCAAGUCCUUGGGCAGUCUGUCCGCUGUUAACAGAUUGUUCAACCUCUAUCUUGAUCCCGCAUCGUCAGUCCGCCGAGACGUUCCAAGCUCUCCGACUCGGGGCGUUCUGGAGCCCCUGGAGCCCAAUGCGAUCUGGCAAGCAUCCAGGCGGCUCUUCUGGCCUAAGAUGCCAGCGCCUCUCCGGUCAAUGACUGAGCUUGACAUGUGGCGUCUUGCGUGUUCCCCCAAGUGUCAGGGCUGCGGCAAGCUCGACGCUCGGGGGCAGACCUCUCUUCCUAACCUUCAUCAUCCCGGCCCGGACUCAGGGGUUGUGCCGAUCAUCUGGGCCUUUGGUGUCCGGAUGUGCGGGCCUUGUAUCAUACGCAAGUCCACCAAGGAGGUCGAUCUGCUUCUAUCGCCAUUCAUCCCUUCUGCUCUUCUUCCCGCUCUUCCCUUCGUCUUUCUCUCACAGAAUCUCGAUUUCUUCUCGCCUACCAUGCUUAAGCAGGGUCAGCUGCCGGCCGAUGUGCAGGUAACGAAGUGGUUCCUAUCUUCAGAUGUUGAAGCCCUUGAGAAGGAGUUCAUUCGAGUCAAAGAAAUGGGUCAAGGAACAGUUAACGAGUGGCUCAAGGGCCUUGAGAGCCGCGGGAACGACCUGCAGAACGAGGCGACAAAAUGGGAGAAAUGGGAAUCCACGGGCGGUAUUGCACAGAUGUGCUCGCGGCUGUAUCAGGAAUAUGCGAGGAAGUCUCCGGUCUCACUACCCCCAAAGCCCUUCACAGAUUCAACCCUUCCCACUCCUGUUCUGCGCCCAUCUUUCUCCCAGGCCCGUCAAGAACGGACAGCUGCGGAGGUUGCGGAGCUGAAAGCCGCGAGAAAGGCCGAGAUUGAGAGACGGGCUUUGCUUCUGGAUCCGCCCUUAACAGCCGACGUUCUCCGCCACAUUCCUGCGUUCCAAGCUUCAACGCACAUCGUUUCCCAGUUGGAUGACGACGCCUGGGAGCGUCUCAAACCGCGGCUACUGGCGCAGCGAGCAGACGCGGAGCGGGCUCGGCAAGAGGAGCGCAAAGCCGAGCCCUGGAUUCACGAGAAGCCACAGGAGCAACAGCAUCUCGAGACGACUCUCGCUACUACAAAGGAGGCUCGGGAUCGCGUUGACAAGGAAUGGGAGGAGGUACAGGCCCCGUUACGUGCCAGAAUUGCGGGCUACGCGGAUGAGAUUAUCCAGAAUAGCUGGGACAAUGGAAAGAAGGUCACGAGAGCGACCUGCUCGCGGUUCGCAGUCGACUCUCUUAUCUACGUGCGCAAACGGUUCUAUGGCGAAGUCGCAAACGAUGCAGUGGCUGCGAGGGCGAGCGGCAAGACACUCCCGGUCGAUCCCCCGGAAGGACCUUUCACCCAGAAACUAACGCUGGAGAACAUGAAGUGGAUCUUCGACACCAAGAUCAGACCUCACACCGAGCCUUUCCGCAAGGAGCUCUUCUACUGCAAUGGGUGCGAAGGAAAUCCCAAACCCUUCACCUUCGAGGGGGUCAUCCAACAUUACGCAGCAAAACAUACGGAUGAGCUCAGUCUGAGGAGCAUUGUGGUUCAUUGGAGGGCGGAAUGGCCCGAGCAUCCACCCUUCAGCGCAACAGCACGGCCCGCUCCCUAUCCGCAUGUCCCGGGCAGAUUCCCCGUCAACGGAGGUGCACCUCUCCCAGCAAGUUACCACUACCCGCCGACGGGAAUUCCACCCGUGCCACCAGCCGUCUAUGGACCUGCUACGGGGUACGGAUAUACUCCGCCGACCUACAAUGACUAUUACCAGCCGCCGCCGCCGCCGCCAGUGCCUUACCAUCCACCUUUGGCAGCUCCUACUCCUCAUUUCGCACCACAGCCGGCCGCAUAUCCCCCCUACCAACCGCCGGCCAUGCAGUACCCUGGCCCAGCCGCUGAGCCGCCACAGGGUUAUAUGCCACUUCCAAACGGACAACCUGAGUAUUAUAACGGGCCGUAUCAACCACUCGACAACGGCGGAGGCCCCUAUGCUCCGCCACCGCCCCCGGUGUAUCCCGAUCUCUAUCAUAACAAGGUAGAGGACAUUGCCCGCAACUCCCGCGAAGUUUGGCGGCAGCUGGGUGACAUCCGAGAGCUCCCGGGAAGCGUAAGGGUUUUUGUAACGAUCCACCACCUGGUCAAGAGAUUCCGGUCUCGAUUCUACGAGACACCCCCGCUGUCCAUGUUCAUCGACGGCUUAUCCAACAACAAGGAAAUGCGACCGGUCCGCAACGUCAAUGGACUGGCCUGCAAGGCUUGCCGCCUGCGGCUUGGCAACGCAGACUGGGUGGAACAAGACAGGAAAAGCUUCUCCCUACCGCAGCUGGCAAACCACUUCCAGUCAAAACAUGUCGAACCGAUGCAGAGAAUGCAGGCCCAAACCGGGUCUGUGGCCCUGGACUGGGUGCUCGACAUGGUAUUGCUGCCGGAUCCUGCGUCACUCUCGAGUCUCGCUUCCUCGGUCAACGAGACCCAGAGGGCCCUGCUCACGGCCGCCCUUCCCUCGGCAUUCGCGCCCCAGCCCGUUUCCGCUACUACCCAGAGUUCCCCGAGACAUUGGAACACGCAGCAUGAGCAGAGCUCCGACGAGGGGUAUCCUCCCAUGCCGGCAAGAGCUCCUGCCGGCGCGACGACGACCAAUGGGUAUGCGGGUCCUCCUGAUGCCGGGAGCAAGCACUCAACUACCGGAGCGUCUGUGGGAGCCGGUGUAUUUGGUGAUUCCAGUAGCUCAGGCCCAACUCCCCACGGCGCGACGCCGUGCACUAUGUCUGAGAAUGAACGUUCAGCAAAAGUCGAAGGGGAUAGACCGUCAUCGCUGGGUUUCCGACCGGUUCACGACCAAAACGGGUUCAACCACCGGAAGGCAACGGGCAAGAAUACGCGUGGGAAACCGCAACGCACCGGUGGCUCUGGUGACCGGACAUUCGGCAAGCAAGUCGAGACGGCUGCUAUAAACGAUCAGCCGGAAGGUACGGAUCUGCAUGCGCCGCGUCCGACACCCCAUGGAGGGACUUCGCCCAUUCACGCGUCGUCGGCUAGGUCGGAGCGAGCAAGGACAAAGGGCGUCCCGCAGGCGCAGCAAGCACUGAAGCACAACGCUCGACCAGGGCAGCGGCCUGACCCAGAGCACCAGGUAUCCCCAACGAUUGGAGAUCAUGGGCCCAGCAUUGUAGCUGCCUUAGAAUCGCGUCUCGAACAGCAUCGGUCGCCGCCGUUCCAAGCACGGCAAGGGCCUAUGCACGACUCGUGGUACAAGGAUCGGCGUAAUGCUAUAGCAUCACCAGACUUCCAGGGCGUUUCCGGGAGACCCGCUGGACAUUCUCGCAUGGAAGGCCGGGCCGGGCCUGGAGCAGAGUCACAGUACCAGGCUUCUGAGCCGCUUGUCAGGGAGAGAAGCCCGGCCGGGCGGCAGGUAGGUGGCGGGUACUAUUCCCGACCACUGCCAGCCGAGAUGCGGGAGGAUGAGUAUGCUCCGCAGCGGAACCGUGCCGGCCUGAUGGAGCUAUCAUCACGAUAUUCUGAAGGCGGGCGUUUCAGCACGCCAGUUGCCCCCUCAGACGACCGCGGCCAUGGCCACGGACCCGUGCGACCUGAAGCGGAGUACCGUCGAUAUCACGAGGAAAUGCGCAUGCCAUCGCGGGGACCGAUCGAAGCAUACGAGAUCGUCCAGGUCAUCGACGAGCACGGGGAGUAUUACAUCCGGCGGCCGGUGCGUCGUGAGCCGGGCACGAGGUACAUAUAUGAGGAGCGGGGACCGCACCGCGAUGCGGACGCCUACCACAGUCUCGAACCCGUCUAUGCGGCUGCCAUCGCCCGACCGAGUCGCGUGCGAGAGCAAGGCCGAGCCAGUGUGGCGCCUGAGCUCUGGCUGGGCGACUGCCGCGCUGACCCUGCUUAUUACGAGGAGUAUGACCCCCGGUUCCCGGCCGCUUGAGAAGCUUCUCUCUGCCGAUAAUGGCAACGCUCUUCUCACGGGCGCAUCCGGUUUCUGACCGCUGGUAUCUUCUCGAGAAGAAGGUGCAUAUAUGUAUUGUAUUGUCGGGAUAUCCUAAGUAUGCCCUGUUGUUGUACG